AUGCCAGUGAAUCGCGAUAUUGAUGGUGAUGAUGAGUGUUUACACUACUCAGAUGAAGACAUCGGCAUCCAUUGUGGUUGCGGUUUGAUUGGGUUCAAGAAAAACCAAGUGUUUGAUUACAGUUUCAAUAGCGAAAUAGAAGAAGAUGAUGAUGAUUUAUUUGAGAUAAAUCUGAAGAAGGAAGAACCAUUGGAGUCAAUAAAAGAAGAAGAAGAUUAUGAAAGCAGUACUGUGUUCUCUCUUGAUAUCCACAGCAAUAAGUUAUGUGAUGUUGUUUAUGUGGCAGUUGGAGAAAGUUUUUCAAGCAUGGAAGCACUUUCAUGGACCUUAAAACACUUGGUGAACCCUAAUUCUACUAUUGUUUAUCUUGUACAUGUUUUCCCUCGAGUCAAGCGAAUUCCAACUCCACUAGGAAAAAUUCCAAGGAGUCGUGUGAAUAGAGAACAUGUUAACAUCUACUUGACCCAAGUGAAAAAUAAGAGGAAAAUACUUCUUCAAAAAUUCAUUGACCUAUGUACUAAAUCAAAAGUUAAGGUGGAGAUUUUGCUUAUUGAAGAUGACAACGUUGGUGAAGCUCUUGUAGAGCUUGUUAAGAAUCUAAAUAUUAGAAAAUUGGUGAUUGGAACUGCAGAAUCUAAUUUAAGAAAACAUGCAUCAAGAAAGCUAAAUUCUACGGUGGAGAUGGUGUUAAAAAGUGUAGAAGAAAAAUGUGAUGUUAAAAUUAUAUGUAAAGGAAGACAAGUGGUUGAUGAGAUGAUUAAUGGAAGCACUUCACAGCAUGAUGAAAUGGAUGGUUUUGUUCCAAUCAAGCGUUUCAUGCCCAAUCCUUUUUGGUUAUUUAGGUCUAGAUAA